AUGCGGCGGUGGCCGGUGCUGGCCUUCGUGGCCUGGGCCGCGCUGCUCUUCUGGGCCGCGCUGGGCCUCUUCGCCCGCGGCUUCCUCCUGACGCGCCUGGAGCUGCCCCAGCGCAGCGCCUGCCGCCCCGGCCCCCCGCCCUGGCCCGGCCCCGGCCCCGCGCCGCCCCCCGCCGCCGCCUCGGCCCCCGGGGGCUGCUGGCUGCCGCGCCGCUUCGCCCGGGCCGUGCUGGUGCUGAUCGACGCGCUGCGCUUCGACUUCGCCCGCUGGGAGCCCGAGGCGGCGGCGGCGGCGGGCCCGGGCCCGGGGCGGCCCUUCGCGAACCGGCUGCCGACCCUGCGCCGCCUGCUGGCCGCCCGCCCGCGCCAGGCGCGCCUCUACCGCUUCCGCGCCGACCCGCCCACCACCACCCUGCAGCGCCUGAAGGGCCUGGCCACCGGCUCCCUGCCCACCUUCGUCGACGCCGGCAGCAACUUCGCCUCCCACGCCGUCCGCGAGGACAACCUGCUGCGCCAGCUGGCCGACAACGGAAAGAGAGUGGUCUUCAUGGGCGAUGACACGUGGGACGGGCUCUUUCCUGAAGCGUUCUCCCAGUCGUACUUCUUCCCCUCCUUCAAUGUAAAGGACCUCCACACUGUGGAUGAAGGGAUCCUGCAGCAUUUGUACCCCACAGUGGAUGGCGGCGAGUGGGAGCUGCUGAUUGCUCACUUCUUGGGCGUGGACCACUGUGGCCACAAGCACGGGCCGGAUCACCCCGAAAUGGCCAAGAAGCUGUCCCAGAUGGACGCGAUGCUCAGGUCUUUGGUUGACCACCUGGCAAAUGACACGCUGCUCCUUGUGGCAGGGGACCAUGGCAUGACGAGCACCGGGGACCACGGAGGAGAGAGUGAGGACGAAGUCAACGCAGCCCUCUUCGUGUAUAGCAAAGCCCCGCUCUUCCAGGACCUCCCCCCUCAGGAACCGGAGACUGUCCCACAGGUGAACCUCGUGCCUACGCUGGCCUUGCUGUUGGGCGUGCCAAUCCCUUACAGCAACAUUGGAGAAGUGAUGGCUGACCUCUUUGCAGUUGAGGGGGAUGCCGCCUCCUCGGUCCUGGCCCAGCUGGCCGCCUACAGUGUCAAUGCCUGGCAGGUCAACCGCUUCCUGCACUCCUACUCUCUGGCUGCCCAGGACCUCUCAGAGGAGAAGCUGCUCCGUCUCCAAGACCAGUUUUCUGCUAUUAUGGAGGAAUACAAGCAGUUCUUGGCCCAGGCGGGCCCUCCGGCACUGCCUGAGCUGCAGCGCCUCCGAAGCCGCUUCAGUCGAUACCUGCGAGAGGCACGGGCCGUGUGCGCGGAGUCCUGGGCCCGCUUCCACCCAGCCUGCAUGGUGGCCGGCUGUGCGCUUUUGGCCUCUUCCUGCUUGUUGUGCUGGGUGGCCUCCCAGGUGGCCUCGGCCUGGGGCUUCUCCUACCGGCACCUGCUCCUCUACCCGCUGCUGUGGGGUGUGGCGGGGGCUGCCCUGCUGGGGCUGGCUCACCUCUGGGGGUGGGCUGGAGUGGACUUCAUCUUGUUGGCUUCCUGGGCAGCAGCGGCCUCCCAGUGCGGGUUCUUCUGGCACUGCUGGGCAAGGCGAUCCUGGAGGCCCCGCUCCACCGGCCCUCGUUCCUCGUCUGGAGCUGCUGGUCUGAGGCAGAGGCUGUGGGCGCGGGCAGGCCCAGCUCUCCCCUUGAGCCUCCUCUGUGUUCGCUGCGGGGCAAUGCUGUCGGAUAGUUUUGUGAUGGCCGAGGCCCAGGUGGUCGCGUUCCUGCUCGUCUCCUUGGUGCUGUUGCUGGUGCUGAGGCUCCACUGGGAAGGCAGGCUGGAGGACUCUCCUUUUUCCUGGCAGCUGCUUGGCCUGCUGGGCGGCAUCCUAGCCUGCGUGCGCCUCUCGGGGCUUUUCCGGCAGUGCCGCGAGGAGACCCCCCACUGCCGCUCAUCACCCGUCCUGGCUCCGCUGUCCAGUUUGCAGGACCCGCAAACCAAGAACUUCUACUACAUGCUUUGUCUGGCUGUGCUGGUGGGUCUGGCGUGGGGGGUGCGCUGCUGGCUGCGGCACUAUGGCAACCUGAACAGCCCCAGCCCGCCCGUGCUCUUUGUGCGCUGGGGGUUCCCCCUGCUGGCCAUCUGCAUCGGUGGCUACUGGGCCAUCACCUCGGGGGCUGAGGAGGCACUGGUCCAAGCCCACCCCUGGGUGCAGCUGGCUCUGGUGGCCUUCCCGCAGAGCGUCUUUGUCCUAGUCAUAGCCGGACUCCUUUUGGUCCUUUGGGACCCCGUGACAGUCUUUGUGAAGGACAGCCGGGAGGCGGCAGCGACGGGAGGCCCCAUCCUGCUUCCUAGUUCCCAGGAGGAGCUCCAGCAGGUCAUCCCUCAGCUCUACCGCCGGAUGCAGGAGUCCCUGAAGAGCCGGCUGGGCGAAACCAAGGCCGGGAGCAGGGCCACCGUGGCCGCCUACGGCCUGGGCAGCGUGUACUCGGCCGCCCUGCUCAUCCCCCUGGCCCUGCUGGGCUUCCUCUUCAUGGUGCUGCACACGGAGCGGCUCAGCCUGGCCUUCUUGCUGCUGUUCCUCGAGGCCUUUGCCUGGCUGUGGGUGCACUCCUGGGCCGGGGCUCUGGCCUCGCAGGCAGAUCCCUUCACGGUGCCGUGGGAGGCCCUCAUUGGCUGGGCUCUUGCUGCUGCGCAGUUCUUCUACGCCACGGGCCACCAGCCCGUCUUCCCAGCGAUCCACUGGAAUGCAGCCUUUGUAGGGUUCCAGCAGGGGCACGGAGCCAACCUGAUUCCAGCUCUCCUGGUAGGGGCCAACACGUUCGCCUCACACAUCCUCUUUGCAGCUGGCUGCCCUUUGCUCCUGCUGUGGCCCUUUGUCUGUGAGAUGGCUGGCUGCCAGAGCAGGACACCCAAGAGCGAGACGGAUGACGGUGAGGAGCAGCUGAUGGAGAUGAGGCUACGAGAAGCUCCAGACAAGUUUUCGUUGGCACUGCUGCAGCUGGGGCUCAAGUACCUGUCCGUUCUGGGAGUUCAGAUGCUGGCUUGUGUCUUGGCAGCCAUGAUCCUCAGAAGGCAUCUUAUGGUCUGGAAGGUGUUUGCCCCCAAGUUCGUCUUCGAGACACUGGGCUUCGUAGUGAGCAGCAUCUUUCUCCUGUUGGGCAUCGGCCUGGUGAUGCGUGUGGACUGUGCUGUCAGUCUGUGGUUUAAGCAGGUCAUCCUGGCUCAGCCCAGGUAGCCCCAGACCAAGACAGAACCUGCCCAGGAGCUCCACGGCAUCUGCAGGCGGGGGGGUUCCAGGGAUCUCUCAGAGCUGUUGGACCGCUGCUCAGCUGGCUGGGUUGUAUGGACUAUCGGCGGAGCCGUCUUCUCCGCCCUGCGGGGCCACUGGCUGGACUUGGGCUCCCGUUGUCAGCGAACUGGGCUGAGAGAGACUCUGCAAAGGCACUCCUCCCUUUCUUGUGUGACUCUUGCCUUUCAUGCCUCUUUGCCAGGCAGGAAAUGUGCCUGGCAGGGAUGAGCAAUACAGGGGUGCCUCUGGGCUCCGAAGUGAGCGCU